AUGUAUGAUGAGCGGCAAAGACCGUAUGAUCCAGCGUCCUCUCCACCGCACGCCUCAUCUCCCACUGUAUCGGACCCUGACGUGAAUAUGCUUCACGUUGGGGAUCACGCGACCCCAGCGGCGAUGCGCACGUGUUUACACUCCACAACGCGAUGGUUUCAGCUUGUGAUGUUCUUUGCUUUUGUUAUAGCACUCGUGCUUGCUAUGGGCAGCUCCUACGAUAAUUUGAGUCCGGGACUCAUUUGGGGCGGGAUUCUCUCGAUUUUCUCCGUUUUCUUCGUCAUUUUGUCAUAUGUCAGCGUACCCAGUUACCGACAGCACCCAAAUCCUCUUGUUUUCUGGCGAACAAUCGCUGACGCGAUUUUUGUGCUGCAACUUAUGGCGCAACAGUUUGUUCGUUGUCUCUUCUUCGACUGUGUGCCGCUCUGUUCGAGUACAAACUUGCAAUGUGGCUGCAGUUUCGCUAGUGGCGCUAGCUCUACAUGCAGUGUAUUUGCUGGGCUAUUUGAGUUUACAUUGCUCGCGUCAGAGUGUUGGUUCUUUUGUAUGACGGCUAAUUUGCUCAUGAGUUUGACGAACCCUUUUACAGACUUUAAGCGAAAUACGAGAGUGUUUCAUUUAGGGUCGUGGCUCAUUCCACUUGUCCUUGGAUUACUUCUGAUGAAUACAGACGACUGGGCAGGAUAUUCCGACUUGGGGGUAUGCUGGACCAAUGCUUUAAAAAACUUACCAGCCGAUAAUAUGACCGAAUGUGCGUCUGGAUACGAAGUCACAGACAAUUUUAGUAGUGAUUACAAAGCAGUGAAUGCGAAUAUAAUCAGCUGGCUCUUCUUUUACGUUUGGAUGGGACUUUUUAUUAUUUUCGGCAUUGCAGUUUGGGUAUGGGCCUGGAAGCGUUUGAGCGAAGGUAUGCCCGAGACAUAUGCAGUGCGAGUACAGAGCAUCAACCGUGCUAGGUUUAAUGUGUUUGCGGUGACCUUUUACUGGAUUAUCGUGGUUAUCGUGUAUAUCAAAUUCUUAUCUCGCGAUCGCUCGAAGCCUGACAAAUCUAGUGAAUUGCUAAAUUUUUUUAUCGCUGGGAAAGGAUAUCUCGACUUGGUUAUCUGGUUUGCGCUAAAUGAUUUUCACGUCGCGCAUUUUACGCGUUGUCUUGGGGAAAAUACGGGAGAAAUUGACGUGGAUUUGAAUCCGCAGGUUAACGCAGCGUUGCGUCGCGAAGUGUUGUUUUACACAACGUCUGGCAUCAUUCAGGCAGUGCAAGCUGCAGAGCGUCUCCCAGCUUCCCAGCGUAUUCAGCACCUGGCAUUACUGCCACAGACGAAAGCGACGACUGCUUCGAGAUUUACAGCAAUGCCUGUUUCGGAAAGUGGAAGUUGCGCACGUACAUCUGCAACUUAUGCUGCAUACCGUCAACAGCAAUCUAAUGACAUGGAAAGGGAAGGAACGAAUGGCGCCACUGCUUUUGAUGAAAACAUGCGUGUAGCCAAAAAUUCACCGCGGACCAAGACAUUCCACGACUAUGAGCCUCAUGCAUUUAAAAAGAUUCGUGAGAGGUUUGGAGUAAAUAAUGAAGCCUAUCUGCAGGCACUUUCGGCCACUGCAAAGGAACGUUUAAGUGAAGGCGCAAGCGGAGCUUUUAUGUUUUUCUCAGCUGACGGCUCGCUUAUUGUGAAGAGUACUAGCAAGGAGGAAUGUUCUUUCUUGCGUAGUAUCGCACAAGACUAUGCCGACUAUUUGUGCAGCAACCCCCGUUCUCUUCUUUUGCGAUUUUACGGUUGCCAUUGUCUCGAGUUGUAUGGGAAGCAAUUCUCAUUCGUCGUCAUGGCUAAUCUUUUUGAUACAGACCAGGUUAUUCACUCUCGGUACGAUAUCAAAGGGUCGUGGGUGAAUCGUCAUGGUGAUCUACCCAAGCGUGGAAAAAAGGUGACUUGUCGCCACUGCAAUCGGAAGUAUUUAUACCAGAAUUCAGCUCCAGAGAAUGCAAAUUGUACAGUUCGACUUGGCGGUCACGAACCUAAUGUAGUGCUCAAAGACUCGGACUUGACCCAAAAGCUGAAUCUUGACCGCGACGUGGCGCUUGAUCUGUACCAGCAGCUAUCAGCUGAUAGUCACCUGCUAUGUUCGUUUGGUAUUAUGGACUAUUCGCUACUUAUGGGUAUAAACGAAGUGGAAUAUGUCGUGGACGAGGGUAGUAGCACAGAUGAUGACUCUGAUACGACGAACACGUCGAUGCAAUCGAAGCCUCAAGGUACCAAAAGUAAAAAGAAUCCUAUGCGGUCUUCCGUUUUCAAGAAUCCUUUAUCUGAGAACGUAAUAGUAGAUCCACGUGUUGGUGGUGGAGCACAGCAUUUAGCAAGAUCAAAGGGCCCUACUGGAGGCUCGAAGGCACGCCACCAUGCAAGCGUGUCUUCUAACAUUGGAUCUUAUAGCACUCGGUCGGCCAUGGGCGAUACGGUGAUGCAACGGAAGGCUUCGAAGCCGCGUGAUUUCAUGAACAAUCGCAGUCGCAAUGGACGUACUGAAAGUAACACAUCGUCGUCGGGGCGGCGUCUACCACGCUCUGGCAUGCGUAUGGCCAAUACUGUCGUUGGCCCAGCUUACUAUCAUCUUGGUGUUAUUGACAUUUUACAGACAUGGACAUUGCAAAAGCGUAUGGAGCGUUUUUUCAAAAUCGUCUUUAGAGGUGUUGACGGUGACGGAUUAUCAGCGAUCCCACCUAAGUUGUACCAAGCUCGCUUUCAGCUCAAGAUGGCUGACAUUUUGGGUGUGGAGGAUCUUGUAAGUGGCAAUGCCGAUUUGGAUAUAUUUACACAACAAAACUCGCACAUGGAUGUGGAUACACAGCAAGUAGACCAGCAGUACAGCAUUCAAUCUAUUCGAUCACUGGCAUCGUCGGAGCUGGUAGCAAUUAACCCGUUGGACUCGCAUUACGCAAAUAGUCGCUCAUCAUCAAUUUUGCGGCAGCGUAGCACGGAAAAUUCACAGUCGGUCGGUCAAGACACAGAAGAGUACACAGGUAUAGAUUAUCAUCUAUAG